AGUUCCCCACACUCAGAGCGUGGACUGGGAGAAGUGGAGAAGACAGAGUUGAACUUCGUCACCCAGUCCCCAGAGCCAGCAAGACAUGGGCCCCAUUUUCCAAGGCCUGACGCCUCUCGUUUAACCAGAAGACGUGGAGGGGAGCCACCACCCCUGACCAUGUAGAUGCCAGCUCCAGGUAGCAACAUGGACCCCACUGAAUGGAGACUCCUGGGUCUACAGCCCUGAGCCCCUCUGGCCCCUGGACCUUGCCCCCCACCUGGGGACACACCUUGGAGCUCACCACUGCUGUUGCCAACCCACCUCAGCCACCCCCUCCCCCUGGGACCCGGAGUCGGCCACCUGGAGCUGCAGCUGUCCAGUGAGGGUGUGCUGAGAACAGCCACACGCAGCCAUCACCCAGAAGCCUCUUGUCCAGUGCUGACCUUUGGGCCCACCCUGAGCAGGGACUUCAGCAAACAUGGGUGAUAUGACCAACAGCGACUUUUACUCCAAAAACCAAAGAAAUGAGUCGAGCCAUGGGGGUGAGUUUGGGUGCACGUUGGAGGAGCUCCGCUCCCUCAUGGAGCUGCGGGGCACAGAGGCUGUGGUCAAGAUCAAGGAGACCUACGGGGACACUGAAGCCAUCUGCCGGCGCCUCAAGACCUCACCUGUGGAAGGUUUACCAGGCACCGCCCCAGACCUGGAAAAGAGGAAGCAGAUUUUUGGGCAAAACUUUAUACCUCCAAAGAAGCCAAAAACCUUCCUGCAGCUCGUGUGGGAAGCCCUGCAGGAUGUGACGCUCAUCAUCCUGGAAAUUGCGGCCAUCAUCUCCCUGGGACUGUCCUUCUACCACCCGCCUGGCGAGAGCAACGAAGGAUGUGCCACGGCCCAGGCCGGGGCCGAGGAUGAAGGAGAGGCAGAAGCAGGUUGGAUCGAGGGGGCCGCCAUCCUCCUGUCCGUCAUCUGCGUGGUCCUGGUCACAGCCUUCAAUGACUGGAGCAAAGAGAAACAGUUCCGGGGCCUGCAGAGUCGCAUUGAGCAGGAGCAGAAGUUCACGGUGGUCCGGGCUGGCCAGGUGGUCCAGAUCCCCGUGGCUGAGAUCGUGGUGGGGGACAUCGCCCAGAUCAAAUACGGUGACCUCCUCCCUGCAGACGGCCUCUUCAUCCAGGGCAAUGACCUCAAGAUCGACGAAAGCUCCCUGACAGGGGAGUCUGACCAGGUGCGCAAGUCCGUGGACAAAGACCCCAUGCUGCUGUCAGGUACCCAUGUGAUGGAGGGCUCAGGAAGAAUGGUGGUGACUGCUGUAGGUGUGAACUCUCAGACUGGCAUCAUCUUUACCUUGCUGGGGGCUGGUGGUGAAGAGGAAGAGAAGAAAGACAAAAAAGGUGUGAAGAAGGGGGAUGGCCUUCAGCUACCAGCGGCAGACGGUGUGGCAGCUUCAAACGCUGCAGAUAGUGCGAGGGCCAGCCUAGUCAAUGGUAAAAUGCAAGAUGGCAAUGUGGACUCCAGCCAGAGCAAAGCCAAACAGCAGGACGGGGCAGCCGCCAUGGAGAUGCAGCCCCUCAAGAGUGCCGAGGGUGGCGACGCAGACGACAAGAAGAAGGCCAACAUGCACAAGAAGGAGAAGUCUGUGCUGCAGGGCAAGCUCACCAAACUGGCAGUGCAGAUUGGCAAGGCGGGCCUGGUGAUGUCGGCCAUCACCGUGAUCAUCCUGGUGCUCUACUUCACCGUGGACACCUUCGUGGUCAACAAGAAGCCGUGGCUGCCCGAGUGCACGCCGGUCUACGUGCAGUACUUUGUCAAGUUCUUCAUCAUUGGUGUGACGGUGCUGGUGGUCGCUGUGCCCGAGGGACUCCCUCUGGCUGUCACCAUCUCGCUGGCCUACUCCGUGAAGAAAAUGAUGAAGGACAACAACCUAGUGCGCCACCUGGACGCCUGUGAGACCAUGGGCAACGCCACGGCCAUCUGCUCGGACAAGACAGGCACUCUGACCACCAAUCGCAUGACGGUGGUGCAGGCCUACGUCGGUGACGUCCACUACAAGGAGAUCCCGGAUCCCAGCUCCAUCAACACCAAGACCAUGGAGCUGCUGGUCAACGCCAUCGCCAUCAACAGCGCCUACACCACCAAGAUUCUGCCCCCGGAGAAGGAGGGUGGCCUGCCUCGGCAGGUGGGUAACAAAACAGAAUGCGGCCUGCUGGGCUUUGUGCUGGAUCUGAAGCAGGACUAUGAGCCUGUGCGCAGCCAGAUGCCGGAGGAGAAGCUGUAUAAGGUGUACACCUUCAACUCCGUGCGCAAGUCCAUGAGCACCGUCAUCAAGAUGCCCGACGAGAGCUUCCGCAUGUACAGCAAGGGUGCUUCUGAGAUCGUGCUCAAAAAGUGCUGCAAAAUCCUCAGUGGGGCAGGUGAGCCCAGGGUCUUCCGGCCCCGAGACAGGGACGAGAUGGUGAAGAAGGUGAUCGAGCCCAUGGCCUGCGACGGGCUCCGCACCAUCUGUGUGGCCUACCGUGACUUCCCCAGCAGCCCCGAGCCCGACUGGGACAACGAGAAUGACAUCCUCAAUGACCUCACCUGCAUCUGUGUGGUGGGCAUCGAGGACCCCGUUCGGCCUGAGGUCCCAGAAGCCAUCCGCAAGUGCCAGCGGGCAGGUAUCACUGUCCGCAUGGUCACUGGUGACAAUAUCAAUACGGCCCGGGCCAUCGCCAUCAAGUGUGGUAUCAUCCAUCCUGGGGAAGACUUCCUGUGUCUGGAGGGCAAAGAGUUCAACCGGAGGAUCCGCAACGAGAAGGGGGAGAUUGAGCAGGAGCGAAUUGACAAGAUCUGGCCAAAACUGCGGGUGCUGGCUCGCUCCUCCCCGACAGACAAGCACACCCUGGUCAAAGGCAUCAUCGACAGCACACACACUGAGCAGCGGCAGGUGGUGGCCGUGACCGGGGAUGGGACCAACGAUGGGCCUGCACUCAAGAAGGCUGACGUGGGCUUCGCCAUGGGCAUCGCAGGCACGGAUGUAGCCAAGGAGGCCUCAGACAUCAUCCUGACAGACGACAACUUCAGCAGCAUCGUCAAGGCGGUGAUGUGGGGUCGCAACGUCUAUGAUAGCAUCUCCAAGUUCUUGCAGUUCCAGCUGACUGUCAACGUGGUGGCUGUAAUCGUGGCCUUCACAGGCGCAUGCAUCACACAGGACUCCCCUCUGAAGGCUGUGCAGAUGCUCUGGGUGAACCUCAUCAUGGACACAUUCGCUUCCUUGGCUCUGGCCACAGAGCCGCCCACUGAGACUCUGCUUCUGAGGAAGCCAUAUGGACGCAACAAGCCCCUCAUCUCCCGGACCAUGAUGAAGAACAUCCUGGGCCACGCAGUCUACCAGCUCACCCUCAUCUUCACCCUGCUCUUCGUUGGCGAGAAGAUGUUCCAGAUCGACAGUGGGAGGAACGCCCCCCUGCACUCACCACCCUCAGAGCACUACACCAUCAUCUUCAACACCUUCGUCAUGAUGCAGCUCUUCAAUGAGAUCAACGCCCGAAAGAUCCAUGGCGAGCGCAACGUCUUCGAUGGCAUCUUCCGGAAUCCCAUCUUCUGCACCAUCGUGCUGGGCACCUUCGCCAUCCAGAUAGUGAUCGUGCAGUUUGGAGGGAAGCCCUUCAGCUGCUCGCCGCUGCAGCUGGACCAGUGGAUGUGGUGCAUAUUCAUCGGGUUGGGAGAGCUCGUCUGGGGCCAGGUCAUCGCCACCAUCCCCACGAGCAGGCUCAAGUUCCUGAAGGAGGCAGGCAGGCUCACGCAGAAGGAGGAGAUCCCCGAGGAGGAGCUCAACGAGGACGUGGAGGAGAUCGACCACGCGGAGAGGGAGCUGCGCCGCGGCCAGAUCCUGUGGUUCCGGGGCCUGAAUCGGAUUCAGACACAGAUUGAAGUAGUCAAUACAUUCAAGAGCGGGGCCUCCUUUCAAGGGGCCCUGCGGAGACAGUCCUCCGUCACCAGCCAGAGCCAGGACAUCCGCGUCGUGAAGGCGUUCCGUAGCUCUCUCUAUGAAGGGUUAGAAAAGCCCGAGUCUCGAACCUCCAUCCAUAACUUCAUGGCUCAUCCCGAAUUCCGGAUCGAAGAUUCACAGCCCCACAUCCCCCUCAUCGACGACACCGACCUGGAAGAAGAUGCCGCGCUCAAGCAGAACUCCAGCCCGCCGUCAUCGCUCAACAAGAACAACAGCGCCAUCGACAGCGGGAUCAACCUGACGACCGACACGAGCAAAUCAGCUACCUCUUCAAGUCCAGGGAGCCCCAUUCACAGCCUGGAGACGUCGCUUUAGCUGAGGACCCUGUUGCCCACCCGCCGGCCCGCCCUAAGGGACCCGCUGCCACCGCUCCCGGGCACCCACCCCUCCAGGCACCCGACUCACCCACGCAGCAAGGAGCAACCCCAGGAAACCAAAUACUGGAGAGAAAACCCGACGUUUCCACCCACAGACCUUUCUCUGGCUGCGAUGCUGUUUGAACAAUUUUUCACUUCGAGGCAAGGGCCGGGUUCCCGGGGGGCCUCUGGGAGGAAGGAGCAGUUAUCCCAAAGGGAGCCUUUCUUGGCUCCCACUCAAGACAUGGACCAGCCAUGCACCCACCCGGCCACCACGUCCCCCCGCAUGAAUGUACUGGACACUUUCCAUCCUCCCCUUGUUUGGUUUUGGGGGGGUUGGAGAGGGGGAGGGGUUUUUUUGUUCGUUUGUUUUCUUAGGCGGGAACUGCAAACAGGACUCUUUUCUGAGACUAUUUAUCCGAUCCACUGGUCUGUGAGUUUUUGAAAUGCUUGCGCAGCAUGGUCUCAGUUGUAUAGAUUAAUUUAAUAACUUUUUGAAAUCGCAGAGCUUAACUCGCCUAGUAGAUUUGCACCAAUGGAACCGAAGAACUUCAUAGACACUCACGAGGUUAUAUCCAUUUCUUUGUAUCUAUAUCAACGUAUACUUUCCAAGACUGUAUACGUCCAUAUAGAUAGGUAGAUAUAUAUAUAUAUAUAUAUAAAAAUAUAUAUACAUGGAUAUAUAAAGUUUCUUUGCCGGCAUGUUGCCUUGUUUCUGCUUAAAUUGCUCUAUUUUAACUUAUUUAUGUCCUAAAAGAAGAAUGUAAUUUGUUUACAAACCUGUAGAUAAUGUCUUUGGCUAUUUGUACGGUUCAAGAACACUGGUGGCUGAGAUGCUAUAAAAAUAGCUCGGCCCAACAGACACUUCCCCUGGAUUGCAUCCUCGAUGUUUUACAAUAGCCAUGCUCUGAUUUUUGCCUGCUAUUUCCGUUCAAUGACGUCACUACCGUGGGAGGCUCAGGCAGAAGCCAAAUGCUACUGAGGAUCCAUCCAGAGGUGUUCAGCCACAGGCUCCGUAGACGAAGGGAGAAGAGGAGAGAAGGUUUCCUAGGUUUGUGGCACCAGCGGCUGUCACGACCCAAGGAUGUCAAAAGCACUGGCUCAAGACUUUUCUCUCAAUGAAACUCGCUUGAGUUUACCAAGAGCAUUUCCAAAAUAGGUUGUCUUUGGCGCUGUCUGCACAGAGGUUGAGGUAGUGUUGAAAUAUUAUAAAUGCUAUUGUGUUGAUUUUUUUUUUUAGUUAGUAAUUUAGAAGUUUAUUUCCUUAUAAAUGGCAGCGUAUAAGCUGUUGGCACACUGGAUGAAGAUCGGUAUGGCUUGCUGCUUUUAUUUUUAUUUUUGAAGAAGAAUAGCCUUUUUCUCUGCACUAUUUAGAUCCGAAUGAACCUUAUGAUGUGUAUAUUGAGAUGUAUUCAGUGUGAUUUUUAAAACCAAAUUGUCUUCCUUUAGCCACAAUAUAUACUGUAACCUGUAACAGCAAGUCUUGCUUCCCCAGACAGAAAGCCAUUCUGAAACCCUCCCAUAUCACAGGUCAGAAAAGGUGGCUAUUUUCCCCCCAAGACAAUAACAGCACUAGUAAUCCCACUUAAUAAGAGCUUAUUUAAUUGUCUGUCGGCCUCUUAACUGCUAAGCACUUUGUGGGUCUCAGCUUUUUUCAUAAAAGAACUUUUGUAUUUAAUACAAAGUUUGCUUUGAGACUUUUCAGCAUACAAUCUUUUUCCAUAAACUUGUACAGUGCAAAAGACAUUUUGAAUACCAUGAUCGAUGAUGUCCCAUGCUUCAAGGAAAACCAAACACUUCCCGCCUCGCUUGCAAAGUCCAUUCCUCUCGCUGACCCUUCCCCACAGUCAUUUCGUGUCCGCCUGGCCCCUGCCCCUUCUCCAGGCCCAGAGAACUCUUCCACUACCAAGAUGAGAGCCACCGGGAAAAGAGCCAUAGUCAGCUGGGAGGGCCCGUGUCUGCACAGCUGUGGAAAAACCUGACAGCUUUGGGGUUCAAAGUCAGCCCAUCCCACCUGGCAAAAUCUUUCUCUAAGGAGGACCUUCCGUGCAAAAGAGCAUCGCCUGAGUGUCGCUAAGAAGUCUCUCUGAAUGUAUCCAGCAGAGGAAACACCACCCUCGGAUGUGCUUAUUGGAUUCUAGUAUAAACACCACCAAAGCCAGCCCACUCGCUCCUCUGAGGAAGGAGAGACCGGCACGCAGGAAACCUGGGGCAGCCCUGGAACAUGGUAGUUUCUUUUGGAGUUUUCCUUUCUCACGUUUUUUCCCAUCUUCCCCUUCUUUGUUCAAUCACGUCUCUGUGACCUCAUUCCAUGAUAUCAGGAUGGUCGUACUUGCUCACCAGACUCCCCUGUGCUCCUGGAGCCGGGAUGCAAGGCAAAUGGGAGGGGUGCUCUGAGCAGAUCCCAGCCAGGGUGACGGGGAUCCACGGAAGCCACCAGGGAGGCCCCACAUGGGCGUCUGGUCUCCUCUCGUCAGGAAUGAUGGACAAUCGCACACACAGACCCCUCACUCUCCAACUUGCACACAUCCACACACGCACGCACACAGGAAAUGGUUGGUUUGUCACAACUCACUGUAGUAUACAAAGCUUGCACUCUGCGUCCUAUAUCUAGCAGCAUGGGGUACGUUUGGCAGAUCACCCCAUUAGGGGGUAAAUAAUUUAUGACCAUUCAUCUGUUUUUAUGAAUUUUUUUAUCUAGACAAUAAUUGUAAAUAAAGAACUCACCGUCUCUGUUCAUUUAAUACUAUGCAAUGGGUAUGCUUUCAAUUGCCGACUCUUCUGACUCCCACGGUGUGGUUCUGAGAUGUGGUUUCAGGAAAAAAAGAAAAGAAAAAGAAACACCAAUCAAGCAGAACAUAGUAAAUAUAUACUGUGUAAAUUAUGCUGUUUUAAUUUGGACUACACACUCUGUUUCUGUCCUGUCCUCUAGACCCAGGCUCUAGGAGAAGGUAGGAGGGGUAGUUCUGAGUUGUAAGCUCCCCAACUCAAAAGAGAUGAGGGAAAAGCAGAGACGUGUUCAGUGACUCUGAUGCUACAGGUUGACCUACCUGUGGAGGAGGGAAGGGAGGGCUCCUCCUGCAAUACGGGGCUUUCUCUAACUCAGGAGCGGCCUCCAAUGCUCCAGCAACCCUCACCAGGGCCCCAUGUCUCAACCCCAGCAUAGAACUGGCAAGAGCGGGGGCACCCUGCUUCUGAGAGCACAUUGCUCUUGAGCCAGGACUCUGAACCUUGUCACUCAAGAGCCCCUCUGCCCAACUGUGUUAAAAUGGCGCGUCUAUCCCUCCUGACGUCCUAUGGAGUCUUGGGCCUAGUUCUGCAAUUUCUCUUCUAUUCCCUCAUCUGGAUGUCUCUUCUGGCACCAGCCACACUGUUUUGCUUACUGUCACUUUGCAAUGUUUUAUUCUGUGGCAGGGUGAGUCUCCUUCGCCCUACUUGAACAAAAUCUCCUAGUUAUUCUCUCCUGUCUAUUCUUCUGAGAUAAUGUUAAAAAUCUGCCAAGACCUCCAUCCUCUGCCCUCCUCCCAGCCCAGAUCCUGGGUCCUGUCACCCUAUGUGCCAUCCCUCUCCCCACAUUGUAAUUCCUGCUCCCCAGGGUCACUAAAUACAGUGUGUCCUGUCAGAAGGGACAAAGGGGGAAUCCUGAAUCUCGAAGGAAGCCUGAUGUCCCUCCUGUCAUUUCACCUGUUGCCCAGGCCUAGGAGUUGUGAGGAAGAGUCCACUGAGCCCCCACCCAGCCUUAGCUUAGGAACCAAAGUCACUUCAUGAUCAUGCAGAGGUGGACCCUCCAUCUUCCGCCAAUCAUCAGAAGAUAAAAAGGGGUUCUCCUAGACCCAGAGCUAUGAGGGUGAGCUCGGAGAGAAUGUGGGGCCCACGCUGUACUGUUCAUGGGAGAAACGUUUGUUCGUGUCUCCACUUCCUGAACUUGUUUUUAGGUUACUUUAUUUCAGGUGUUUUUUUGUUUUUGUUUUUUCAGAGAGUGGGGGUCCCCUCUUAUUUAAUUCAGAGCUUCAGCGCCUGUGAGAUAUAGAAGUUUCUUGCCCGGAUGUUCUCUGUGCCCUUCCUCCCCUCACCCCAUUCCUGCUCUGCCUACCGGAGGCUGCCAACCUGGUGCAUCUGACGAGCCUCCCCCUCAAAUCUUUCCCGCAGCAACAUCUGAACCCCACUUGAGAGGAUCUGGCAGGGAAGGGCUGCUUCCUGAAGGCUUUAGGGUCUCCCAGAGCCAAGGCCAUACUGGGACAACAGGAAACCCCAGGUCUUUUCCAGGUUCCAAAUCAAGCUCUCCUGAUUUAAAUGUAGAGAUCCCACCACCCAAAAGGCAGGAGAUGGAGCAAGGGGGAAAGAUACCAGGCCCUGGGCAGCUGCCAUCACCACCCCCUCCAAAAAACAAGAGAUUCGAGGCUUCUUGGGGCCACCCCUCAGCCCCUCAGUCUGUUUUGUAAUGUCUGUGGUGCUCUCCCUCCCGAGCCGUUCCUCUCGGGGGUCGCCACACUUGCUAACUCUUGUGUGCACAUCUUUUAUAACAGAGUAGUGAGGGACUGGUGCCGCCUCCAGCUUCCAUAAGCUGCCCGGGCUCUGGGGGGGGGGGGGGCUCUGGGACAAUCGGGGCUGGGAAGAGACUGUGCUCUUACUGUACACUCUUUAUUUCUCUGUAUCUCUGGCUUGUGCUCUUUGUAACUAAUGGGAUUUGUCUGCCUUUUCAACACUAUACUGAGCAAUAACAAUAAAUGCACACGUGGAAAUGCA